AUGUCUGGAAAUGCGCCCUAUGCAGAAACUUGCACCAUUUUUUACCCGGAGGAUUCCAGUGCUGAACCAACCGUUCCGAUGCCGAUUGAAACAGCUGGUUUGACCGGUGAGAUGACACCUGAACGAAUGCUCAUGAUUGUCAUUUUGGUUUUGGUGGUGAUCGGAAUGGUGACAUUUCUUUGCUUGAAGUGUAAAGAUUGUUGCUCAAACGCUUUCAAUACAUUCUUGGACGGCGUUUAUUCGUUCAUCCCGUGUAUCAAAAUUGAAGAAAAUGAAACGGAUCACGUGGCAGGAAAGACAACUCCAAUUCCCCAAACGGUCAAGAAUGAAAACCCUCAACCCACCAAAAGAGCGCGAUCGCGAUCACGCUCUCGUUCUCGCAACGGGCGAGGCCGAAGUCGUACGCGAAAACGAGGUGAUACUGUUCGAAAUGAAAGAUCACGAAUUCAAGAAGUUGGCGAAAAGUUCGAUCGUUGCCAUAAAACACCUCCGCCUCGACCUGCGCCACCGGCCACUGCACCACCAUCAACUGAUUUUCCACCUCCUCCAGCUCAAAUGUUGCUUCCAAAACCGGAAAUUAAAAAGCCAAAAGAAGAGCCCGGCGAAACGUUUUUCGGCGAAGCAGUGACACCGAUGACGAAAACAUAUCUCAAAAAAAAGCAUACAGAGUUCAAACUUGAGCGAAUGGAUCGAGAGUUGGAAAAUCUUGAUAGCCCUUCUCGACAACCAUUUUUGCGACGAAUGGGAAAUCUCUUCUUUUCGCACCCCAUCGAAGUCUCCAAAAGCUCUCCGUGCCUUCUUUCGCCAGAGCCAAAUCGUCGCCAAAUGGAGACAAUUGAAGAAGACAGCGACGAAGAAAUCCGACCAGAUCAGACAGUUCUAGCGCUCCCUGCCCCCGUUGUUGCUCACGUUGAAGAGAUUCAGAAGCGCAAGAAAAAGCCAACAAGAAAACCAACCCGUGCCUCUGCUCGAAUCUCUGCAAGAGAUUCAAUCUCUUACCCUAAAUAG